AUGGCCGACGAAUCGCCCACUAUCAACAGUCGGAGACACCGUCGCAACCAGUCGACUCCACAAACCUCGAUCCCACUGCAGGACCUGGGCCCCGCUCAACAUGCUCCGAUCAACCAGGAACCCCCUUCGCCGUCUGCCCAGGCUUCGCAUCGCCGGACGUUGAGCGACCGCGGACGUAGCUUGUUUCGGCGCAACAGAGACUCUCUUCUAUCACGUAGCCCGGGUAGAAACCCACCACCUCCUAAUACGCGCGCUUACUCGCCAAUCUCCGAGGACCCUCCCAGUCCGCCGCAAAUCGAUCGAAACUUGUCGCCGCUUGCCUAUGUCACCUCGCCUACUGGCCAUCGGACAAGAGUAGAAGAGGAUCAUGAUGAAGAUGAGCGUACACCACUAUCUCCACAGGAAGGGAGCAAUUUCCAGCAGGCUAUGGGCUUUGCCGGUCUCAGUAUAGGCGCUCCUGCACGCCCUUCGUUGAACUCGGGCCAUGGCCGAUUAGGCAGUGUGCCUAGUCUUCGCACAGUCGACACAUCACCAUACGAUGAGGAGCCCGACGAUCCAACCGGCUUCUUCCCACACGAGGACGACAUGGACACGGUGCCAUUGACAGACAUCAGUCGUCUCGAUGCCCACUCGCCGCAGCGCAAUGAUCGUGGCAGCUUCCAGAGCAUCCGUUUCUUGUCGCCUUCCGUCUCACACACGAACAACGCAGAUGUCGAAUCUGGAAAUCUGACUCCUUCAGGUCGCUGGAGCCGCUCUCCUGAUGGCCACAGUCGUUCUCCUGCCGAUAGUCGUCGCUCUCUGUCACCAAUGGGCGAUUCUCCCUUCCAUCGCGCGAGUGACAUGAUGCGGAAGAUGUCAAUGCGUGUGGUCAAUUUGAGUAACGAGCCUGAGGUUGCAGAACGCAUGAUAAGACGCAAGUCAUCUGUAGGCCGUUCACCUGGCAUUCCCGAAGCUCCUGACUUUGCCGGAGAUGGUGCUCCACGUUCACCUGUCAGUGAGAAGAUGCCUUCGCCAAUGCUUCGUCCGUCCGAUCGACUUGAAUCGCAUGCUCAAGAGCAAAAUCCGUUUCGUGGAAAGUCCCUGGGCAUCUUUCCACCAAACAGCAAACUGCGUCUCAAGCUGGCCGACUUCUUACUCCACCCUGUUACUGAGCCUUUCAUUCUCGUGCUCAUUGUUUUUCAGACAAUCUUGCUUGCUGUUGAGGCUCGCAACAAUGUGAAUGACGAACCACGAUCUAAGCGCUUUGGAACUACUUGGAUUGACAUUGCACUGCUCGUCCUCUUCGUCAUAUACACUAUCGAGAUCAUGAUUCGUGUCAUUGUUUCUGGAUUCGUUGUCAACCCCAUCGAGUACAGUACCAUCGACCGCAAGGUUGGUCUGCGAACGGCCGUCAUGAGAAAGGCCAACGACAUGUUCGCCCUGCAUCGGAAACCUUCUGUCAGAAACUUGAAUCCUCUUCCGCCGUUGACCCCUGGCCCUCAACCCGGUAUUUUGAGGAGUUUUACUACAAACACCAUGAUGGAAGUUCCUGGCGGUUCUAAACAAGCUCAACUACAACGAUUGGCGUUUCGAGCUUUCCUGCGACAUUCUUUCAACCGACUUGACUUUCUUGCGGUCUGCUCCUUUUGGAUCAGCUUCAUCAUUGGCAUCUUUGGUGUGGAAUCACAAAAGCACGUCUUUGUCUUCCGUAUGCUGAGCUGCCUUCGAAUCGUGCGUCUUCUGGGUAUCACCAGCGGCACUCUUGUCAUUCUGCGAAGUCUGAAAAAGGCUGCACCGACUCUGUUGAACGUCGCCUUCUUGACUGGUUUCUUUUGGCUGUUGUUCGCAAUUAUAGGAGUUCAAAGCUUCAAGUCUAGUCUUCGACGUACGUGUGUAUGGACCAACCCUAGCGAUCCUACAGAGACUUUUACGAACGAAAUGCAGUUCUGUGGUGGAUAUCUUCUAUCCAACGGCAGCUCAAGACCGUGGAUUCAUGCAGAUGGUUCGCCUGGUGCGAGCGAUGCCAAAGGCUUCUUCUGUCCUAUCAACUCAGUCUGCAUCGAAGGCGACAAUCCCUACAACGGAACUGUCAGUUACGACAACAUCUUCCAAUCGCUCGAAAUGGUGUUUGUUGUCAUGUCUUCCAACACGUUCUCCGAUCAACUCUACUACCUCGCUGACAGCGAUUACUUAUCUGCCGGCUUAUUCUUCGCUGCUGGCAUCAUCAUCUUCCCCUUGUGGCUUGUCAAUUUGCUUAUUGCUGUCAUCACAUCGUCAUUCCAGGUCAUCCGAGACGAAAGCAAAGCCAGUGCUUUUACUGCUCAAGAGCAAGUCAAGCACCUUGAAGCUGAAGAGGGGAGCGAUGGGUUUAAACAGAAGUCUAGCACGCUGAAACAGUUUGUCGGCAACACUCGAUGGAUUUGGAUUGCUGUUAUCACGUAUGGAUUGAUAGUUCAAUGCCUGCGUAGCGCAUACAUGAGCCCGAGCCGUGCUGCUUUUCUUAGCUCUUCUGAGCUGGGAGUCACGAUCGCUCUUGACUGCGAAAUUAUUCUUCGAUUCGUAGCGGACUGGCGUCAUUUCCACAAAAGCAAACGCAAUCUUGUCGACCUUGGAUUGGCUAUCAUAACUACAGUCGUCCAGAUCCCAGUCAUCAAGCACUCCGGACAACCCUAUGCUUGGUUGACGGUCUUCCAAAUUAUUCGAAUCUAUCGAGUUGUUCUCGCAGUCGAAAUGACUCGGACAUUGAUUCUCACUGUGUUGGGUGACUUCACCGGUUUCGCCAAUCUGAUCAUGUUUGUGAUGCUCCUCUGCUUCCUUGCUGCGAUCUUUGCCACACAAAUUUUCCGUGGUCAGAUUCCUCAAGAGAACGACGACGGCGAUGCGAUUCGAGUUCCAUUCUUCGACAUAUACAAUGCCUUCUUGGGCAUGUAUCAGAUAUUCUCCAGCGAGAAUUGGACAGAUAUAAUGUACGAUGUCACAUCAUACAACGUUCUGUACAACAAUGGCUGGAUCGGCGCAGCGUUCUGUAUUAUGUGGUUCAUUCUAGCAAACUUCAUUGUCUUGAACAUGUUCAUUGCUGUCAUCCAAGAGAAUUUCGACGUUUCCGAGGACGAAAAGCGUCUGCAGCAGGUCAAGGCAUUCCUUGCGAAGAGGCAAGUCAACGCAUCGUCUGGCAGUCAAGGAACAUUAUCAUUGUCGACGAUAUUCAAGUUUGGUCAAGUCCGCCGACAGGAUCCUUUAGACUAUGGCUCUGCACAGACAGAAAUGCUUCUCAAAGAUGCGGUUGUCCGAGACUUCCUUGACGACCACGAGAUUGAUCCGGAAGCGAGUCCACCAGAUACUUCCGAUGGCAUUCCGACCAAUGGAGCACCCGUCAAGUCCGGUACUUUGGCUCAACGUUGGGAACAACUGCUCAAUCGUCUCUUCAACCGCGAGCCCAAUCCCUUCUACUCGAACGUGGAGCUCCAGAAGGCUCACGAAGAAGUGGACACUCGACAGAUGGUUAAAGAGGUCGUCGCAGCCAAUGAGAGAGUCAAGAGAGCUCAGCGCGAAUACCUGAGGAAGUAUCCGAACUACAACGUGUCACUCUUCAUCUUCAGGAUCAACAACCCUAUCAGGAGAUGGUGCCAAAGGAUCGUAGGUCCAGGUCGUGGUGGUGAUCGCAUAGAAGGCGUCGCACCUUCUCGGCCUAUCUGGUAUGCCUUCUCGGCGUUCAUUUACGCAGCUAUUGUUGCCAUGGUCCUACUUGCCUGUGUCACUACUCCAUUGUACCAAAAGCAAUAUUUUACGACUCAUGGCUUCAAAGCCACGAAUUGGUUCGUCUUCAGCGACAUGGGUUUUGCAGCUCUAUUCACCAUCGAGUCUGUCAUUCGAGUCAUUGCAGAUGGGUUCUAUUGGACGCCCAACGCUUACUACCGCAGCUCUUGGGGCAUUAUUGAUGGCAUCGUCUUGGUCACGUUGUGGACUGACAUCCUCACCACCAUCUAUAAUCCAGGCGGUGGUUCAAGAGCUGUGGGUGCUUUCAAGGCGCUGAGAGCUUUGAGACUGCUCAACGUCAGUGACAACGCUAGAGAUACCUUCCACUCUGUUAUCGUCAUGGGUGGUUGGAAAGUCGUCUCGGCAGCCUUUGUGUCGAUGAGUUUACUCGUCCCAUUCGCCAUUUACGGCUUGAAUAUCUUCAAUGGCAGGUUCAUGGAAUGUAACGAUGGUAACGGAAUCACAAACCUCACUGACUGCACUGGCGAAUACCUCAGUCAACCUUUCGACUGGGAUGUGCUUGCGCCACGUCAGGUUGCCAACCCAUGGUAUGACUUCGAUAACUUCGGAUCAUCCCUGUUCAUUCUUUUCCAGAUCGUCUCUCAGGAAGGCUGGAUUGAUGUCAUGUGGAGCGGACAAUCUAUCACCGGUGUCUUCACCCAGCCUGAUGCUUUUGCAUCCCAAGGAAACGCCGUCUUCUUCGUUGCUUUCAACUUGCUCGGUGCUGUGUUCGUCUUGACGCUUUUCGUUAGUGUCUUCAUGCGUAACUACACGGAACAAACUGGAGUGGCUUUCCUGACUACCGAGCAACGAUCAUGGCUCGAAUUGAGGAAGCUUCUGCGUCAAAUUUCGCCAUCCAAGAGGCCCUCCUCUAAGGAAGUGAGGGAGACUUGGAAAGAGUGGUGCUACCGAAGAGCAGUCACCAAGAAUGGUAGAUGGCAGCGCAGCGUUACUGCUGUGCUCGUUUUCCACCUACUGUUGUUGUGUCUCGAAUGGUACCCUGACAACAACCGUUGGGACAGAGCUCGAGAUUACAUUUUCUUGGUAUUGACGUUCUUCUACAUUGUCAACAUCAUCAUCCGUAUCAUCGGUCUUUCCUGGACUCGUUUCCGGAAAAGUGCUUGGGACGUGUACUCGAUCUUCUCGGUCUCUGGAACAUUCGUCACCCUGAUACUGCUUCUGACCAAUUUCAAGAACAGAGACUAUGUCCAGGUGCACAAACUGUUCCUUGUCUCAAUUGCAUUGCUCCUCAUCCCGAGAAACAACCAGCUUGACCAACUCUUCAAGACCGCAGCCGCCAGUCUUACCUCAAUCGCCAAUCUUCUAGCGACAUGGUUUGUCCUCUUCUUGGUAUUCGCCAUUGCCUUCACGCAGACUUUCGGUUUAACUAGGUUCGGCGAAGGCGAAACGGACAACCAAAACUUCCGUACAGUGCCCAAAGCCUUGGUUAUGCUAUUCCGCAUGAGUUCUGGAGAAGGCUGGAACGAGGUCAUGAUGGAUUUCACCACGGUCACUCCGCCUUAUUGUACAAUCGGUGAACACUACUACGAUGGAGACUGUGGCAGUGAUGGAUGGGCUAUGGCUUUGUUCAUCUCCUGGAACAUCCUCAGCAUGUACGUCUUCAUGAAUCUGUUCAUCUCGUUGAUCUAUGAGAGUUUCUCGUACGUCUAUCAACGAAGUAGCGGAUUGUCCGUCAUCAGCAGAGAAGAGAUUCGCCGGUUCAAGCAGGCUUGGGCAGAGUUUGAUCCAAGUGGCUCAGGAUACAUUUCCAAGGAGAAAUUCCCGCGCUUGCUAGGUGAACUCUCUGGUGUGUUUGAGAUGCGCAUCUACGAUGGCGAUUUUACCGUCAGCAACAUCAUCGCAGACUGCACCUCUCAUCCGCAUCGUGCUCAUCCUCUCGGGUUAGACGGUCCGAAGGAUAGUCCCCAGAUCGACCUUGAUAAACUCAACGAACGUCUGUCCGAGAUCCCGAUCGUCGAAAUUCAACGACGCAGAAGACGCAUGAAUAUCUUCUACGAAGAAGUUCUCGUCUCUGCAGAUCCUGACCGUGGUGUAGAAUUCAACUCUCUUUUGAUGAUUCUGGCUCAUUACAAGGUCAUCAAUGAUAACAAGAGUCUGCGACUGGAGGAGUUCUUGCGACGCCGUGCCCGCCUGCAACGUGUUGAGGAAGCUGUACGUCGCAAUGUAGUCGUUGGUUUCUUCGAUACACUGUACUGGGCUCGACGUUUCAGAAAGUCUCUGGAAGCGAAGAAGAAUGCACGCAUGACUAUGGUGCCUCAGCUUGAUGUUCCUGAAAUUUUCAUCCAGGACGACAGCGAAGACGUUACUAACGCCGGCCGCAAAACUCCUUCGGCACCUUCCACGCCUAUUGAUCAUCAGACUCCCAGCUGGACUACUGGAAGCGACAACGGAACUCCAUCGUUCAACAUUGGCCCCUCAGCGACUCGCCCUAUGUUGCGCAAUCGCAGCGACUCCAUUCAGGUCUCACCAUCUGCUUCACCAACACGUUCACGGGCAGUCUCGCACUCGUCACCGUCCGAAAUGCGCGACAUUCCUGAAGAUUGGCACUUUGCAGAAGCUUUGAUUGAGGGACACAACCGGUCUAGGUCACCCUCACCCUCACCACAGCAUCUCGACCCCGAUGCCACAUCAGACGCCUAUGGUGGGUUGGGCGUCGGUGCAGGCCCCCGAAGUCGCGCUCAAACAUUGUCGUCAGCAGCUCCAGAGCCUCGCUCAAGAGCAGGUACUUUGUCAGUCGCCGGCGCACCUGCUGCCGGUGGUCGUUCGCGUGCUGGCAGCUCUGUCAACGCUCAAAACGUCCUUGAUGUCCUGGAUACAUCAGCAUGGGGCGAGAGUAUUAGGCGUAGUUUUACCACUCGCGGAUCGACUGUUGGGCCGCGCGGCUCUGCUUCGAGGGACGCAAGUGCAGAACCCAUGCCACCAAUUCCUGACACAAGACCCUCAAGUUCGUCACAGGCGGAAGGUAAUGGGUAUGACCAUCCCCAUGAGCGAUAG